AUGCCGCCAGACACGGUUUACGGCUUCCCCCCGGAAGCGUUCGACAUUUCACGCAUUCCCGACAUCGACCACGAGUAUGUCGACCCCGAGGACCUGAAGGCCUUUGAGGCGGCGCUGCGAGCACCCGAUCCGCUGCAGAGCCCAUCUGAAGAGACGGUGAGCGUCAGGUCGCCGAGGAGCCCCGCCGGCCCCUUCAACAUCACAAAGCGAAACUCGCAGACGGGCGCCGCCUUUGACGACGAUGCCUCGGCCAUCGUGGCAGCUGCCGGGACUGCCGGAGGGGAGCUGCAGCCCCCGCCGAAGCCGACGAUGCACAGCCACGGGACCUUUAUCACGGCGCAAAACGACUGGGCGCCGGUGAACCCCAACCUCUAUCGCGGUCGGAGAAGCGGCAAGGACGGCCGCAGGAAACGUGCCAAGGACGCCGUCGAGGGCCUGCUGGGCACCCGGACCAAGGACGAGACGAGGGAGGGCUACUUUUACCAGCUCGCCAAGUGGCCGUUGCUGGUCUUCGUCUUCACCUGGCUGGCCUGGCUGAGCGUCGCCUACCUCGCCACGCGAUGGUACAUCUGGGUGUACGAGCACUUCUUCACCUGGCGAGGCCGGCGGGAGUCGCUGCGGAGAAACAUGCGGCGGACGUCGAGCUACAGGGACUGGGUCGCCGCCGCGAGGGAGCUGGACAGUUUUCUCGGCAGGCAGACAUGGCGGGAGGAAAACGACUUUGCCUACUACGACUCCAAGACGGUCAAGCGGGUGUGGGAUCAGAUGCGCAAGAUGAGGGCGCGGGCCGAGGCGCAGGAGACGGGGGACGCUCAGCAAAACGGCAAAGGCAAGGCCGUGGACGAUUUGAGGGCGCUGAUCGAGGCCUGCGUCAAGAAUAACUUUGUUGGCGUGGAGAACUCGAGGCUGUACAGCCAGACGUACUACGGGACCAAGAAUCUUGUCCAGAACUUCGUCGACGAAGUCGAGGCGAGCGUCAGGUUCCUGCACAAGACGAAACAGCUCGAGAUCGAGGAGAAACGGCUCCUGUUCAAGCACGUCCACGCCAACUACGGGCGGACGGCGCUCUGCUUGUCUGGAGGGGCCGCCUUUGCCUACUACCACAUCGGAGUGGUCAGGGCCCUGCUGGAUGCCGACCAGCUCCCCGAUGUCAUCACCGGUACUAGCGGCGGCGCGCUCGUGGCGGCGCUCGUGGCGACGCGGACCAACGAGGAGCUCAAGCAGCUGCUCGUGCCGGCCCUCGCACACCGCAUCAAUGCCUGCAGCGAGCCCAUGACGACAUGGUUCCCCAGGUGGUGGAAGACGGGCGCCCGCUUCGACUCGGUCGACUGGGCUGCCCGGUGCAGUUGGUGGGCUCGGGGCUCGCUGACAUUCCGCGAGGCGUACGAGCGGACGGGCCGCAUUCUCAACGUCUCGUGCGUCCCGGCCGACCCGCACUCGCCCACGAUCCUGUGCAACUACCUCACGAGCCCGGACUGCGUCAUCUGGUCGGCCGUUCUGGCAUCGGCCGCGGUUCCCGGCAUCCUCAACCCCGUCGUCCUUAUGAUGAAGACGUGGGACGGAACGCUGGCGCCGUACUCGUUUGGCCACAAGUGGAAGGACGGAAGCUUGCGGACCGACAUCCCGAUCAAGGCGCUCAACACGCACUUCAACGUCAACUUUACCAUUGUCAGCCAGGUGAACCCGCACAUAAACCUGUUCUUCUUCUCGUCGAGGGGCUCCGUCGGGCACCCGGUGACGCACCGCAAGGGGCGGGGCUGGCGCGGGGGAUACCUCAUGUCGGCCAUUGAGAACUACCUGAAGCUCGACAUGAACAAGUGGCUCAGAUUCAUCCGGCACGCGGAGCUGCUGCCACGGCCGCUGGGGCAAGACUGGAGCCAGCUGUGGCUGCAGGAGUUUAGCGGCAACAUCACCAUCUGGCCCAAGUCGGCCGUGACGGACUUUUGGCACAUCCUGUCGGACCCGGACGCGGGCCGGCUGGCGCGCAUGAUCCACGAGGGCCGGCAGAGCGCGUUCCCCAAGCUCAAAUUCAUCGCCAACCGGCUCAAGGUGGAGCGGCUGGUGGAGCAGGGCCGGCUGGACACGAGGCCGUGGGUGCGCAGGGGAAGCAUCCAAACCAUCCUAAGCGAGGACAACCUGCAGAGUCUGCUGGCGGGGGAAUCGGGCCUGAACGGGACAACAGAGGAGGAGGAUAAUGAUGAGGAGGAAGAGGGGGAGGACGUGACUCGGACGGCGCCGGUGGACGAAUUUGCGGGCGGCGUGCAAGCUGAGAAGACGGGCUGA